AUGUCCCAUUAUCUCCAGCCUUUGUAUGCGUAUCCAGUAAGUUCAGAUAAUCCUUCAAAGUAGGAUUAAAGGUCAGAAAUGUGGACAUCUAUCCCUGCCUAACCACCAGUCGAUCUUAUGUCCCCACUUUUGGAUCGUACCGUAAUCUCCCAUCAUGGCAUAAUGUGAAUAUUUUGUUUCAAGAAUCAAUCUGAAUAUUUAUAGCCCUCUUGUGUUAAUCGAAUGAAAUUUCAUCGCUUCCGUUACAACGAACAGCCACUUAUACAUUACUUUAAAAAGUACAAUUACAUUAACAAUAUUACCACGGAUUAUCGACCAAGAUCUCAGUUCCAGGGAAUGGCGGAGAUUAAGACGAGAUAUCAUUCGUAUCCAGAGCCUUAUCAACCAUACGCAACGAAUUAUAUGUUCUGA